AAUCCAUGACAAGCCGAUUGCCGUGCUGUUUUGAGCGUUGCGAAGAUGGCAGUUGCCGGCAGCCUCGAAGUUGACUUUGGUGAAUGUGAUUACACUAACAAAGAUCUGUUUUCUGUUAUAGCUCCACCAGGUGAAGCUGACUCAUGGAGGGAAAACGCGGACAUCACCUCGUAUGUGCAAGAACUGAGCUCGUACGACGUCCAGAGGCUAACUCGUGAACCAGAGCGACUGGCUGAGGAGAAAGCCCAAGUCUUGGAGCAGACGCAGAAGUUGGCCUUUGAGAAUUACAAGACCUUCAUUAAGACAGCACAGUGCUCCAAAGACAUCUUUAAAGAGUUUAACGUGGUUGAAGGCAAAUUGGAUGCCCUGCAAGAGAAGCUGCCAGAAUUUGCCAAGAAAUGCCAGCAGUUUAGCCAGCAAUCGCAGCAAAUCACCACAAGAUGGCGCCAGAUGUCCCAGAUGCUCGCCAAGCACCCGCAGCUGCUGGAGGUACUGGAACUGUCACAGCUCAUGGAGACGUGCGUGCGCAACGGCUGCUACGACGAGGCCUUGGAGCUGGCUGCCUACGUGCGGCGGCUCGAGAAGAAGCAUGCCGCCACCAUUCCUCUCAUGGCGAGCAUUGGUGCAGAAGUCCGUGAGUCCCAACAGCUGAUGCUAAGCCAGCUGGUCGGGCAGCUGCGGUCCAACAUUCAACUGCCAGCGUGCCUCAAGGUCAUCGGCUACCUGCGCCGCAUGGACGUCUACUCAGAGGCAGAACUACGGGUCCGCUUUCUGCAGGCCAGAGGCUCUUGGUUUGACGGCGUCCUAAACAACAUUCCAACAAAAGAUGCUUACACGCAUCUCACGCGAGUUGUGGAGGCCUGCCGAGUGCACCUUUUCGACAUUGUGACUCAGUAUCGGGCCAUCUUCUCUGACGAUGACCCCUUGGCUGGCCUGGGAAAAGAUCGCAACGAACCUGGAGCCACCAUCUUCUACAGCUGGAUAACCAGCCAGGUGAGCCGGUUCCUGAACAUUGUGGAGCACGACCUGUCUUCAGAGCUGUCAGGCCGGUUGGACUCGGUACUGUCGCAGUGCAUGUACUUUGGGCUCUCCUUCAGUCGUGUGGGUGCCGACUUCCGGCCACUGCUGGCACGGAAGUUCCAGCAGGCUGCUUCCACCCGCUUCUGCUCUUCCAUUGAUCGAGCAACUGAAAGGUUCGGGGAGAUGAUGCACUCCUUCACUCUGACAACUUUGCCAUCUAUCGCACCAGUGGCCAUGCUCAUGUCCACCCUCAUGACGCAGGAAAACGUGCAGCCGCCUUUCUCGCUGCUCGAGUUUGAACCACUGUCUCAGUACUGCAAUGCAGUCCUUGGAGCCUUCAACGAGCUUCGGCUCUGCGCCUGCCUGUCGCUGGCACGAGAGACAACAGUGGCAUUGGACACCUCGUUGAGGACCGUCGUCAGAAUUAUUGUUGACUACCACACGGCAGAGGAACCCACAUUGACAGAGAAGGAGACUGAGACGCUGUCUCGCUUCUGUGGUUCCUUCGCCAACGAGUUGGUGCCAUUUCUGAACACCUGUCUGUCAUUGCUGUUCCCUGCCGCCGAAAUUGGCAAGUUAUUGGGAGUGCCAGCUACCUAUGUUGCCAAACUGGAGAACAUGGGCCACCUCAAGUGCGAAGAUAUCGUGCAGCCCAUGAAACACCUGGUUUCGGACUUUGAGGAGGAUUUCACUGUUCCCGCGAGCUCAGAAACGGACGAAGUGAACGUCACUGAUGAAAGCCAGUUGGAUGCUCCUGCGAAGGAGGAGCAGCAGCACUCGACAGAAGCUCCUAGUGAGGCAACAGCCUCAGUGGGGGACGGAAGGCUUGAGGUUAAGGAUGAGUCGAAGGACGAGACAGUGUCUUCCCCCCCUGUUCUCGAGAGCGCCGUUGAGCCUCCCGCUGGCGUGCAUGAUCCUGUCGGCACAGAGAUCAGUGCUGUUACUGACCCACCUGUGGAUGAUGCAGUGACUGACGAUGGUCUCAGGAAUCAGUGAAGGUCUGUGUAAAUAAAUUAAAAUAAAUGUCGCGCCUUGUAAAUAAAGUGUUUAUUACCUUUA